AUGGAGCCUCUCAAGGUCGCAUUCCUCGGCCCUGUCGCGUCAUUCUCCCACCAGGCCGCAGUUGAAAGCUUUGGGUCUUCAGCGGAACUUUUACCCCACGUAUCGUUUCCGGACGCUUUCGCAGCAUUGCAAGGAGGCAACGUCGAUUAUGCUAUCAUCCCUUGCGAGAACUCAACCAAUGGCUCGGUUGUUCAGACUCUAGAUCUCUUGGCGGACCCGAGCGGCCUCUACAGUAAUGUGAAGGUGUGCGGGGAACAUUAUCUGACAGUUCACCACUGUCUUCUCACUCGAAAGGGUCUCUUCCCACCUGGCCAGCGAGACUACAGCUCCAUCACCAAAUUAUAUACCCACCCGCAGGCAUGGGGUCAGUGUGAUACUUUUCUUGAAAAAACUUUCAAAGGCGUCGAAAGACAAGAUGUCUCGUCAACCUCCAAGGGCGCUGAGAUCGUGUCCAAGGAGACGACAGAGCGAUGUGGAGCAAUAGCUAGUCGCUUUGCUGCCGAGCAUCACGGUCUAGAUGUAUCAGAGGAAAAUAUCGAAGACAAGGCCAAUAACACCACCCGGUUCCUGGUGCUCAGAAAUGUGACUUCGGAGCGUACGGGUCGGCUGGUCUUCCAAUAUGCCAACGGUUCCCCAGCACAGACACAAAUUUCUACUACACCAACAGCGCAAAAGACUCUGAUCUCAUUUAUGAUUCGCCAGGAUUGCCCGGGUGCCUUGGCAGAUGCUCUCUUGAUUUUCAAGGAUCGUGGGAUGAAUCUGACCAGCAUUAAUUCGCGCCCGAGUCAGAUAAGGCCGUGGAAGUAUGUAUUCCUGGUCGAAGGCCAAUACAUUCCAACAAGUGAAAAUGCGGAUGCGGUAUCCAAAAUCAUGGAUGGGCUACAACAUGUCACUGAGGGUUGCAGGCAUUUGGGAACAUGGGCGGAUCAGCUCGUAUAUGUCUAA